AUGCCAUCCUCGGCUCCGGUGCCCUCGACGGGCUUUCAGGCCCUCAUUCUAUGCGGCCCCGGCGUCUCUCUCAACACCUUCACAUCGAACCCGGAGGAGUACCCGAAGAGUCUCAUUCCUAUAGCAAAUAGGCCCAUGGUGUUCUAUCCAAUCGACUUUUGCAAACGAUCAGGCAUUACAGACAUCACAUUAAUUACGCCCCCAUCCUCCCUCGCCCCCCUUCAAGCUGCUCUUAAACAAAACCCGCAUCUCACAUCGCUUCCUGCCCCCUCCGUGUCCGUCGUGGCCCCGAAAGACCUUGAAAUGACCAUGGGAACGGCCGAACUUCUCCGUCUUCCGGAAGUUCAAGAAUGCAUCAAGACAGACUUCCUUCUUCUUCCAUGCGACCUUAUAUGUGAUAUCCCGGGUGAAUCUAUACUAGAGGCGUGGUUGGUCACUCAGGGAGCUCUGGGAGGGAACCCUGAUGGCCCGGGUGGGGAGCAAGGUGGCCGUCGCGGCGGGCUUGCCGUAUAUUAUCAGACAGUAGGUCGUGAAGAGAGUGUAAAGGGUGAGGCCACCGACUUUGUGGCUGUUGCGCCUCUUGGGCAGGAUGAAGCUCCGGUAGUAUCACAUCUCGUUGACGGACCAUCAGCCUUGCGCUUUGGUCUAUCAAAAUUACUCAUGUCAAUGCCUAUGGAUACUGUGAAAGAGAGGAUGGAACAGGAAAAGGGCUUUCUUGUGCGCCAUGCAUUAAUUCAGAAGUAUGCGCAGGUCAAAAUGCUGACUAGUUAUCGCGAUGCGCAUCUCUACGUCUUUCCGUAUUGGGUCAAGGAUCUAGCUCGCCACCAGGAGAAGCUGGAAUCAGUGAGUGAGGAUCUUAUCGGCUAUUGGGCCAAGUCAGGGUGGCAAAAGGGUCUAGGGGAUAAGCUGGGGAUGAAUAAGAUCUUCCAUGAUCAGAGUCAGCACGACAACAAAAGUCACGACGGCGAUUUAGUGGAGGACGAGAUUGACCUCAACAACAUAAGUUCUACAAAGGUCGGCAGUGCGGCUUCACACUCUGUGGAGCAUCCUCAAAUCCUUGCUUAUGUCCAACAAGGAUCGACACCAUUUGUCCGACGAGUUGACAGUUCUGCUAUCCUUCUGUCAACAUCACUUCGGCUGGCCAAAUUGGAAUCGAUUGAGGAAGUUGGUCGUCAGGCAGCAUCGCCUUUUGCGCAUAACCAGAAGGUUGCCCAUCCGGAGGGCGUAGCCCAACGGUGCACGGUUACGAAGAGUGACUGUUUGCUUGCUGAGAAUGUAACUGUGGAGCCAACAUGUGUCAUCAAGGAGAGUGUUAUCGGGCCCAACUGCCAUAUUUCCAGUGGCGCACGACUCACUCGCUGCGUGGUGAUGGACGGAGCAGUAGUUGAGUCUCGGGCUCAAUUGACCGGCUGUCUCAUUGGCCGACGAGCUAGGAUUGGUCGUGAGUCCGUCCUCAAGGACUGCGAAGUCCAGGAUGCCAAUGUCGUUCCGGAGGAAACGGAUGCUAAGAACGAGAAGUUCAUGGUAUUCGAAGGUCUGGAUGAUGAAGGAGAUGAGGGAAUGGAUGAAAUGGAGGAUUUCGACGAUUGA